ACCCCUCUAUUUAUAGAGGAGAUUUCAUAAUACUAUCCCACACAUUUCGGGAAGUUAUUCUGUAUAUGUAAAUAAAUUUAAUGGCAUUAAAAGCCUGUAAUCCUAUAUACAAGGAAACGUCCCUUGAAGAUCAGGGGGCGUAUAACUGAAUAACAAAUACCCCUUUAUUAUAGGGGAUUUACAACAAUGAAUGUAGACCGCGUCUCUCCAAAAUGACUCAUUAGGAUAUUCAAAGUUAUCAAUCUACAUUGUCAGUGCCGUGCCCACCCAGGUCUCUUACUGACUUUCGAGCUGUAGCGUUUCCCCGAGAUCAUGUGGCUUCGAGCUCAUACUUAUGUCAGGCUCGGAGCCCCUGAUCCGAGGUCAUCCGAGAACAGACGUACUUCGAUGUCUGCCUUUCGGGCUUGUGAGGAUUUCGAGGCUACCAUAUUCGAGGUUGCCCCUGCUUUGUAGGUUCGAUGCCUAGGUGGCGGACACGUCUUCCAGACAUUACAAGCCCAUUCCUGACGAAUCCAGCUUUCGAGAUCACAAUUCUUAAGGCUCGAAAUCUGGGUGUAACAUUUUGCCCCCUCAAAAGUAUUUGUUCGAAUCCUUAUGAGAAUGAAACUUUUGAACUACUUUCUUCGAGAACCACACGGUCACACAUACUUGAGGGUGAACACGCGUCAGUCGGGCAUUGCUCAUCCAAGGUACUCGAGUACCUUGGAAAUCUACCCACGAUCGUUCGCCUGCCACCUUUUCGGUGCCAUCUUGUCAUUUGUCCCUCGCCGUCGGAUUUUAUAAGGAUUCUGGCCAAUGGCUCAGAUUAAUCCCUUUUUACAACUUUUUACUAUCUAUAUAUAAGGCCUUGGACAUCUUCUUCCUCUUAUUUUACACUCAUCAGAGAAAAAAGAAAGAGAGACAAAACCAAAAGCCAUCCCAGAGAGUUUUUUGCUUUUGCAUGUUCUCCCAGCCAAAGAAACAAAGGACCACCAGUUUGUUCGAGACCGUAAGGUUAUACCUGCAGCCUCUCCUUCAAUCAACGAUUUCUCUGCAAUCGCCAUCAUUGUGUAAGUAUCUGAUGAUCUUUUCGUUUUCCUUUAUGCCAGUUUCUGUCUGUGUUGUUCUUUUAUUUUUGGGAAUGUGCUGGUUUAUUUUUUAGUUUGACAUGCUAGGAAGCUCUGGCCGAUAGGCUUUCAAGUUUAAGUCUCCAUGCUAGGUUUAAGUCACUGGUUCCAAAUCCAGUUUUGAUGUAGAACAAGGUCUCUUUUUUUGGGUUUUCAAAAUUUAAAAGACAUAUCUUGCACACCAAGAUAUCGGGUACAAAAUCUUGGUUUUAAAGAAUGCACGAUACCCAAGACUACCAUUUCUGAAUAACCGUCACCUUUUUCCCUGAUAUUUCGGGAUUCUCAAAAACUCGAUCCACUCCCCUCCUUUUUCUCGUAGAAUACACGUUCCGACUCUUAAUCGGGUUUCUAGUAUCGAUCUCGUUUCGUACCCAAGCACUCUCCGAGUUUGUCUUGCCAAGCUCGUAAUUCUUGAAUCCUUGCAUGCAUGGCCCUCACCAUUUUUUCUUUCUCGCUAGAUGUCACAGAAUCUAGAAAGACGGUGGGGGUCGCUACUGGCAAUUCCGUAUUCGCCAAAAACUCCGAGCCCAGAAUCGCUGUUUGCUCGGAACCAACGUCUGAUUCGUGAAUACGAUCUCGCGCGCGAACAGGAAGAAACCCGAGCUCACUAUCGCCGCCAAAUCGUCGAGGCAUAGAAAAGAAGAGGAGAACCCUUCAAGAGGCUCUUUAUCCGGAAUCUGAUUCAGGACCCAGGCCGAUCCACCUCGACCCUAGGUUAAAAGUGACCAUCGCGUACAACCCGGGAGAGCUCCAAUUUUCACUGAUGGGAGAGCCCUCUACCUCGCAACCGAGAAGGGAGUUCUUCGAGGCCGAGCAUUACUGGAGCUCGGUUACCUCGCUAGGCCAGAUAAAUGAUAUCCUGGCCUUCCACGGUCUCAGACUGUCAGGCUCCUUAAGGUGUCGAGCUCCUACUUCUAGCGAACGAAGCUGCUAUGCUCCAGGGGAUGGAAAUCCUGAUAACAAGCUGAGGUAUGCGGCUUGGAGUCAGGAGCAUAUGAAGGCAGGAGCGUUACUGCCUUUGAAGUCUUUCUUCAAGGACUUCACGGACUUUGCUGGGUUGGCUCCAUUCCAGCUCAACACUAAUUCUUACAGCGUUCUGUCUGCCCUGAGGUCGUUAUACCACGAGUUGAAGUGGGAAGGACCUUCACCAAAGGAGAUCAUGUAUCUCUUCUGUCUGAAAAGCAAUCCCUCCCGAGCUCAGGGAGGAGACGGCUUCUACUAUCUUUCGAGCUACCCCAAGGAGAAAAAGGUGUUCGAGGACCUUCCCAACCAUCCUCCUGACUUUAAGAAGGCCUUCUUUUGGACAGAUGGCCUAUCCCCGUCUCGAUACUAUUCAUUAAGACGGAUUCGUAAGUACCCUAACCUUCUUUAUCUCUGUGCUCGGACUUUUGUCUGUAGGCUCGUACUUAGUUGAAAUGUGUUUUAUUUUCCAGCCAACUAUCACCGUCCUACUCCGACUGACGAGAUGAAGGAGCACAGAGAGACUCUGCUCCAACUCCCUUAUGGCAGGAGGUCCCUUUCAUAUCUUCUGCAUAAGGGUAAGCUCCGAACUUGCGGGCUCUUGGGAGAGGACCAGUCCACCUCGGAUUGGUCCAACAAAAAGUACGACCGUUGGGAGCUUGUGCCUCUGCCAACAGGCAUCCUCCCUCCAAGUAGGGAGGUGAGGCCCCCACCUCCGGUUCGCCGAAGGAGCCCACAAUCAGGGAACGAGGUCAACGACGAAGCCUCGAGCUCGGGCUCGGAUGAUCAAGGUACAGUCAUUCUAAGCUCGAAAAUGUGGUCCCCCACCCUGUUAAAGCACAAACCCGAUAGGCUAGUUCUGUGCGAAGACGAUAGGAACCACUUUUAUGUGUGGGCUUGGGUAGAUGAGCGGGUUCAUAGGUUCGAUAGCUGGCUCGGGCAAUACGAUACUAUGUAUAGCCUGAACGGGUAUGGAACGGAAUAGCCGUCCAAUACGGGACCAAUGAUUAUAGGGACCUUUCGAGGUUGACAUCUACAUAUAGGGAAGGUACUCCCCCCGCCUCCUCUGAAGAUGGGGGAAUUUCAUGGUCUCCGAGCUCAAGCUCGGGGGAGAGUUCCAGUUAGGUCUUUCUCUACUUGGUUUUUUUUUUUUUUUUUUUAUCUUCCAAGUUUGUUAGCACUAUGCUUAACUUCGAUUGGAACUGUGCAGGUGCUAUGGAUUCCGACCUUGAAGCCGUGCUCUUCAGCGAUGAGGGAGCUCAAAAGAGUAAGCGCCCGGGAGGCUCGCGGAAAUCAGAUCGGCCAUCUAAAGUCCCCAGGCGCACUGAGAAGACCCCAACGGCUCAAACUGCUGCAAGCACAGCUGAGGAUCCGAAUGCCCAGGUCGAUGCAUCUGUCUCGAUCGCGCCCGUUACGCUUCCUCCAGCCGCAACUCUCCUAACAAUCGGCCGACCUCCAAAGAAACCCUCAAUCUCCAAGGCACUCCUGCCGUCGGCCCGACCUCAUGUUGAAGAGUUCGUGCUUGAUGGUACUGCUGGGAUCCACGGAGCUAUACUUGGCUCGGACGUCCUUUCUCGAGUGGGUCAGAGUUUUUCAGGAUUCGGCGCUGACCACUGGGACUUUGUGAAUAAGGCCCCAGACUGUAAUGCUCUCUAUGAUAAGAGUAUUGAACUUACUGCCGCAGCCUUCGUCAUCUCGGCACAACUUAAUUAUAAGCUGACCAAUGAGGUGCACACGAGCAUGUCUCUAGCCCAAGAGUCGAGGGAUCUCCAGCUUAAAACGGCUGAUGAACUCAAAGACUCGAAGGCCGAGCUUGAAAAGGUGAAAACUCGUCUUGCGGAGCUGGAGAAGGCUAAUGCCAAACUCGAGGAGGAGAAAGCUGCCACUUUCGAGAUAAUGGAAAGCGAGAAGGCCCGAAUCCUUAACGAGUUCAAAGAGAAUAAGGAAAAAGCGGUCGACCAAGCCAUGUACAAAAUCUAGGUUGAUAAUGCCGACCUCGACACCAGCUUCCUAGGUCCUCUUGAGGCGAAGUUUGUAGAGCAGUGGAAUGUCCGACUUGAGGCGGAUGAGGCUGCUCGGGAGACUGCUCGGGGGGCUGCUCAGAAGGAUAGUCAUGCUAUUCGUCCUGAGGGGUCUAGUGUCGCUAAUGCUGAGAAAGCCAAGGAAACUGCUCCUUCCUGAACCUCACCUCGGGGCUGCGUCCCUUUGUUUUUGUAAUUGUUUUAAUUUAUGCCCGUAGGGCUGGUACAAUUUCUUUUUAUUUUAAUACAUAUGCUUUACAUUUCUUGGUUUGAAAUAUUUUGCACAUUUUAUAUUAAAGAACCGCGUAUGUUUAUUUAUUCGUACAAACAUAGUUUGGAUUUUAGGCUCGAGGCCCAAUGCAUUCAUGCACCGUUUGCUCGAAUUAUCCGCUUCCGAUCUCGUUAUUCAUCAAGGUCGGAUAUUACUUUAACCAUGAACCCGAAAGUACUUGUAUGGUGUGUAAUGCAAAUGGUUUAGUUAUAUCUUAUUAUUUAGUUACUUUUUCUGGUCCUCGGUUAUUUCUCCGAGGUUUUGAGUUCGAAACUAUUUUUCUAUAAGAUACUCCAGCCUCGAUCUCGACUUAUCUCGAAGUAGGUUUAGGUUCCAACUUAUCGUCGAUUAGUUCUAGCUGGUUUGCUCCAAACCUUUUAAGGUUGUGAUUGGUAUCUCGACUCUGCCCCCAGUAACCUUUUGCUGAUGUAAUAGACGGGUCUCUGUACCUUUUCUUCUUCUCGCACAAGCACUGUACUUAUUGCGUGUUCAGUGGUGGAAAGAUAUAAGUAUAGUACCUCUCCCGUAAUAGGUUUUGAUAAGAUGGGGGGUUCUGCGAGGUGCUUUUUAAGCUCCUGGAAGGCCAGCUCGCACUCCUCCGUCCAUUCAAAUUUCUUGCCUCCUCUCAAAAGGUUGAAAAACUGAAGACAACGGUUUGUAGAUUUCGAUAUAAACCUACUUAGUGCCGCCAUCCUGCCGGUCAAACUUUGGACAUCCUUGUGUCUUCAAGGUGAGGGCAUGUCGAUCAGGGCCUGGAUCUUGUCAGGGUUGGCUUCUAUUCCACGAGCGUUUACAAUAAAGCCCAGGAAUUUUCCUGAUGAUACCCCGAAGUUGCACUUCUGAGGAUUUAGUUUCAUGUUAUACUUCCGGAGCACGCCAAAGCAUUCUUCGAGGUCGUCAACAUGGUUAUCGUUAAGUUGAGACUUGACUAGCAUGUCAUCAACAUAAACUUCCAUGUUGUUCCCUAUUUGCUCUGAAAACAUUAUAUUCACAAGCCGCUGGUAUGUGGCCCCAGCAUUCUUGAGCCCGAAUGGCAUGACAUUAUAACUGUCCUAGAUAACACCAAAGGCCUCAUUGGAAGAGAUCCAAAUGGCACACAAGCCACGCCUUUUGAUUAUGGAUCUGGACACGUAAACCCAGUUGCAGCUAUAGAUCCUGGACUUAUAUAUGAUUUUAAUUCUCGCGACAUUAUAAAUUUUCUAUGUAGCACUGGUGCAAGCCCUUCACAACUGAAAAACCUCACAGGGGAUGUAGUCUAUUGCCAGAAUCCUCCAAUACCUUCCUACAACUUUAACUAUCCUUCCAUUGGUGUGGCUAGUCUCAAUGGAAGUUUAUCUCUUUACAGAACCGUUACUUAUUAUGGAAGUGGCCCAACUGUCUAUGUUGCUUGUGUGGAUUCCCCAAUGGGUGUUAAUGUGGCAGUUUACCCAGCUAAACUGAAGUUCACAAACACUUGGGAAAAGAAGACCUUCAGGGUUGAUCUUGCCCCCAUUACGAGCAGCAACGGAAGCUUUGUGUUUGGAGCUUUGACAUGGAGUAAUGGCAUUCAUAGUGUUAGGAGUCCAAUUGCCCUCAACGUAGUUUAAUCAUAUGAGAACAAGUGCUUCACAGCAGUUUCAGAUAUUAAUUUAUAGAGCAUGAGCUUGAUAAUUUGGUUUUGUAUCAAAAUGGCAACUGGGCAGAAAUAAAAACAAUUACAGUGUGGAUGCCAAAAAUCCACCAAAAAGAAACUCUUUAGUCCCUCGUUGGAACAUAGGUGUUGGUGCUCAGAAUCUCAUCAAGAGAAAAUGCAAGGCCGAAGCAGGCCACCAUCUCGCGAGGCCAAUCAAGGGUGAGGCCACCCCAUCUUGCAAGGCCACCAUUCCGCGAGGCCACCGUUCCGCGAGGCCCUCCCGUCUCGCGAAGCCACCAAUCCGCGAGGCCACCCCGUCUCGCGAGGCCACCCCGUCUCGCGAGGCCACUGUUCCGCGAGGCCCUCCCGUCUCGUGACGCCACCGUUCCGCGAGGCCCUCCCGUCUCGCGAAGCCACCGAUCCGCGAGGCCACCCCGUCUCGCGAGGCCACCGUUCCGCGAGGCCCUCCCGUCUCGCGAAGCCACCGAUCCGCGAGGCCACCCCGUCUCGCGAGGCCAACAUUCCGCGAGGCCCUCCCGUCUCGCGAGGCCAACAUUCUGCGAGGCCCUUGGGCCACUCCCACCAUGCCCAUGCGCGAGGUCGAGGGAAGCUGCGAAGCCGUCAAUGGCGCCCCAUGCGCGAGGCCGAGGGAGGCUGCGAGGCCGUCUAUGGCUCCCCAUGCGCAAGGCCGAGGGAGGCUGCGAGGCCGUCUAUGGCGCCCCAUGCGCGAGGCCGAGGGAGGCUGACACCCCGUCACUUGACACGUAUGGGCCCAAGACCCCUACUCAACGCCACGGCCAGUACGGGCACCAAGGAUCCCCUUUCUCACACCUCGAAGUCCCUAUGCUUAGGAGGUCUAGUACGAGUCGAAUGAGACAUAUUUGUACGACCAAGUACUAAGUACGGAUACCAGUGCCAGUGAGAUUGCUGGGGUAAGGAUCAUGGUCCGUAUGUCUACGACCAUAGGUCAGAACCGACACCACUACCUCCUGCGCCAAUACGCCUGCCACCACGCACCAGGCAGGGGUAUAGACAAGUAGUGGAGACAUCCCCUGACACCUGCCCCUAUACGGGAUGUACAACCACAACCUCUGAAGCCACUCCUCUAGUACAGUACGUAUGUACCACUUGGUCCCCUGGGCCACUAUGUACCUAAGGCCAUUAGAGCCUACUAUAAAAGGAACUCCAAGGCCACCUGAAAGGGGGUUAGAAAAUUCAUUGUAUGCAGAGGCCAUUAAGAAAUAUACAUUUUUUCACUCCA